AUGCGCUUGAUACUUGCCUCUGUAGCCGCACUUCUGGCCGGUGUCUGUCAGGCGCAGCAUGUGGGCCGCGUCGGACCUGCUGUACCUGCUGCAUCCAAGAUGUUCGAGUGCAACGUACUCAAUUAUGGCGCCAAGGCCGAUAAUGCUACCGACAUUGGUCCAGCGAUCAAAAGCGCCUUUAGCAAUUGCGUAGUCAAGAACCCAAAUUCGCGCCUCAUUGUUCCAAAGGGAAACUACCUUCUGUCUAGUACUGUUCUCUUGAAUGGGGCAAGCAAUUGGGCAUUCCAACUCGAUGGUCUCAUCACUGUUGACUACUCUGGUUACGUCUCGGGCGCCGUGUCCGGGAACGCACUCGUGUUCCAACGUAUGAAUGAGUUUGAAUUAUAUUCGAGCAACGGCCAAGGGCAAUUUCUCCCACCCUCUGGUCCCGUUGGCGAUCUUAGUCAAGGACAAGGAUACUUCUAUCGCCUACGCCCCAACCAGGACGGCCGCUCUGGAUGGCCGCGUCUCUUGCGCGUCCACAUCUCUACUAACUUCUCCGUGCAUGAUAUCAAACUUGUCGACGCCCCCUCUUUCCACUUGGUUGUGGGCGAAGCCGUCAACGCCGAGGUUUAUCGCAUCACUAUUCGCGGAGGGAACCAAGGCGGGUUGGAUGGCGUUGAUAUUUCUGGGACCAACUACCACGUGCACCAUGUCGAGGUCACUAACCGUGAUGAGUGCAUAUGUGUCAAGAGUCCGUCGAAACAGGCUACCAUCGAGAACAUCCGAUGCAACCAGAGCGGUGGAUCGACUAUCGGAUCAUUGAAGGAUGGAAGCGUGAUCGAAAAUAUUCUGUUCCAAAAUAUCGAGAAUUAUCAGGUCACGAACGCCUUCAUGUUAAAGACUUACCCCGGAGGCACUUCCCCUGGAUAUGUCAAGAACGUUGUGCUUCGCAACUUUACAAACAUUGAUGUUACGUACAACGCAUAUAUCACCCAAUACUGGCAGAACAGUUUUGUCGCGGGAGCCUCAAACGUCCAACUUUCUAACAUUACUUUCUCCGACUGGCGAGGAAGUUUGAACCAUGGUGCAAAUCGCGGGGCCAUUGUGAUGGUCGGAAGCGAUACGAACCCUCCGGUUAACAUUAACGUAAAGAACUUUAACUUUUGGACGCUCAAUGGGAAUAGGGUGAUCGACCGCUGCAGUAGCACUUAUGGUGCCAGUAGUGGCUCUUGUAUCAAAUCGCUCCCUGCGAAGGCGACUCCGACACAAUAUGCUACUGUUAGUGCCACGGCCACAGCCGCUCCGGCUGGAUGGGUUAAACCGAGCGCGCCUUGGGGUAUCCCUGCAUAUGACUUAUACAAGCCGAUCCCAGUUCCUACGUCCACCUUUUAUUAA